GGUGUUUUGCGCUCACUAUUCUCUCGGAUCGCAAUGUAAACAGCCCCCGAUCGCAGUGUAAACAGCUUUCCUCUUCCGAUCCCAUGCCCUCCGACUCGUCCCGCCUCCUCCUCCGCACUCCCGGAAACUACACUUCCCGCCUCCCCUUGCGAUCGGCGCUCCGUUUCCUCUCCCGCCCGGGUGGGUCGGAGCAAGGAAGUUGCGCCGCCGCCGACUCGUGCCGCUGCCUUUGGCUACGCGGUGCGCGCGGGGCUGCCGGCUGCCGCCGCCAUGCCGAUGAAGGGCCGCUUCCCCAUCCGCAGGACGCUGCAGUACCUGAGCCAGGGCGACAUCAUCUUCAAGGACGCCGUGAAGGUGAUGACGGUGAACUACAACACGAGGGGGCCUCUCAGCGAAGGAGCCAGGUGAGCGGGGACCCCUCGAGCAAGGAGCCUCCCUCCGUCCCCCUGUCCCAGGGAUUGUUGCGCAUCUCUCCGCGCUCGCCGUGCGCCUCGUGCAGGGACUGGGGAAGGAGCCCCAAGGCAAGUCGAGCUGCCCCCCUGGCGUAGGGGAACUGCUAGAUACGGGGUUGGAGUUGGCCCCGCGCAGGCCGUCCACGUCCAUUGCCUGCUCGGUGCGGGAUAAAUCCGGAACAGGAAGACCUCCAAAGAUGUCUACCUACCUACCCACCCACUCCAUUGCCUAGCUCCUCUGAUACCAACAAGUUUCUCCCAAUGGUCAACUGAAAUCUGCCUUCCUGUAGUUCAAGCUCAUUAGAUCUAAUCCUGCUUUCUGGGCAGCUCCUGCCCACCUAGCAGUUCAAAAGCAUGUCAGAGUGCAAGUAGAUAAAUAGGUACCACUCCGGCGGGAAGGUAAACGGUGUUUCCGUGCGCUGCUCUGGUUUUGCCAGAAGCGGCUUAGUCAUGCAGGCCAGAUGACCCAGGAAAACUGUCUGUGGACAAACAUUGGCUCCCUUGGCCGCCACAACCCCAGAGUUGUUUGCAUCUGGACUUAACUGUCAGGGGUCCUUUACCUUUAAUGUUCCUCUGCCUGCUUUGAGACUGCACUGUUUCUUCAUGCAAUCAGAUGAAGUAACAGCUUGCUGUUGUUAUUGUUAUUCCUUUCUGUGAACCUCUUUGAGGUUGUUGUUUUUUAACAAUCAAGUGGUAUAUACUUUUAUAAAAUGAAUAAAUAAAAUAAUGCACAGCCCAUCUUUCCUUCCAAGACCGUAAUGUGGUGCAUGCAGUUCACCCUUCCAUUUUAUCUUCACAACAACCCUUUGAAGUAACUUGAGCCAGUUACCAUCUCGAAAGCCUCAAAGGGCUGAGCAUGGCUUUGAACCAGGGCUGUCAUCCUAGCUCAAUAUAACCACUGCAUCAUAUUGGCUCCCUGUGUCUUUUAUUUACACCACAGUAAAUUUGUUGGGACGCGGGUGGCGCUGUGGUCUAAACCACAGAGCUUAGGACUUGCCGAUCAGAAGGUCGCGGUUCGAAUCCCCGUGAGCUCCCGUUGCUCGGUCCCAGCUCCUGCCCACCUAGCAGUUUGAAAGCACGUCAAAGUGCAAAUAGAUAAAUAGGUACCGCUCCGGCGGGAAGGUAAACGGCGUUUCCGUGCACUGUUCUGGUUCGCCAGAAGCGGCUGUCAUGCUGGCCACAUGACCCGGAAUCUGUACGCCGGCUCCCUUGGCCAGUAAAGCAAGAUGAGUGCCACAACCCCAGAGUUGUUCACGUCUGGACAUAACUGUCAGGGGUCCUUUACCUUUAACUUAAAUUUGUUACUCUUCCUCAGUGUUCAUGGACAUUUUGGUUUUUCAGCAACUGAUUAACAUGCCCACUAUUUUGGCAUUGCUUAUGCGGAUAUGUCUGGAAGGAGACAUACUGGAGGGUGAGGGAAACCAUCUCUGAGCUUGGGUUCCUGCCUCCUGAAUCUGAUGCCUUUUCUCUCUCACACACAGAGCUGCCUUUUUCUCCUUUUCUUUGGCAAGAGUCUUAAGUUUCACUGAAUUCAUAUUCUGAAAGGCUGAGUGCAUCCACUGUCUUCCUUACUUUUCUCCUGCUCUUUCCACAGAAAAUUUGUGUUUUUCAACAUACCUCAGAUUCAGUACAAAAACCCUUGGCUUCAGAUUGUGAUGUUUAAGAACAUGACACCAUCACCAUUCUUGAAAUUCUAUUUAGGUAAGUAACAUGCAUGGUUUUGUUUAGCUUUUGUUGAAGUGCGUUGGAAUACCCUCUGCUUAGGCAAAUACCUUCCCAAGACUGACAGGUGACAGGUGGGCAAAUAAUGGGUAGCGCCACUCUCCAAAGGAGACAGUGUCUUCAGAGCAUCCUGGUUGAGACAGCUGCCUGUAGACACCCUGUCAUGCUCUCUCCUCUGCAGAUACUGGAGAGCAAGUCCUGGUUGAUGUGGAAGAGAAGACUAACAAAGAGAUCGCAGAACAUGUUAAGAAAGUUCUUGGUAAAAGCGAGUAAGUAAAACACACACAUGGAUACAUAUAUGGCUCUGCUUCUUUUUGGCUGUAGAACCAAACUUUUGAGUCUACCCCAUUCAAUUGGACUGGGAUAAGGGCAAUGUUUUAAAUGCACACAAACAUGCUAUUAAAACUCCAUCCUCCUGCAGGCUUGAGUUCUGCACCCUAAAAUAAGCUUUCUGGUACGUAGCCCACAUAUCCUUUGUCAUAAAUUACCUUUUUAGCCAUUUAUGGGCACCUCUUGAUGGCCCAAGAAGGCUGGAAAAAAACACCUUCAUUCUUUAAAUUUACAAAAGCCUGGUCACCUGGAGGCAAUGCUUACUUGUUCCAGGUGAUCUGCUAAUUACAAGCUUACAUUAGAUGUUUAUUGUGGAUCAAGGUUUUGCAGCACUUCCCAAAAUGUUCAGAUAUUGGGGAGCUUAGAGAAUAGUCAAGCUUAGCAGCGGUUAAUGUUCAUACAGUCCUAGGGCUAUACAGCCCUGUGAUGCUAGAUGAGUAGCACAGCAGACUUGGAGCAGCUUUAAUACUGAGAGAAGCCCUAAGCACUCAAGGGCAGAACUAUUAUUACAGCAGUUAUGUGUUCCCAGCAGUUUUGACAUAAAACACGAAAUGAAGGGAGGCAGCAUGUCAAACACCAAACAAUCAUCUGUGAUAGAGGAAGUCAUUGUUAACAAUUAUAAUUUGCUAUUAAAUGCAUGGGGACACGGGUGGUGCUGUGGUUUAAACCACAGAGCCUAGGACUUGCCGAUCAGAAGUUGUGGUUCAAGUCCCCGCGAUGGGGUGAGCUCCCGUUGCUCGGUCCCUGCUCCUGCCAACCUAGCAGUUCGAAAGCAUGUCAGAGUGCAAAUAGAUAAAUAGGUACCACUCUGGCAGGAAGGUAAACGGUGUUUCCGUGCGCUGCUCUGGUUCGCCAGAAGCAGCUUAGUCAUGCUGGCCACAUGACCCGGAAGCUGUACGCCGGCUCCCUCGGCCACUAAAACGAGAUGAGCGCCGCAACCCCAGAGUCAGCCAUGACUGGACCUAAUGGUCAGGGGUCCCUUUACCUUUACCUAGUUUGAUUGUUGUAAUGCAUUGAUCACUGUCUAGCACUUCUUGUCCUUACACCAAAUUUCUUCCUUUUUCUCUUUUUCUUUUGUAGGGAAACACUGCAGGGAGAAGCACAAGAGAAAAUGAAGCUACGGCAUCCCGCAACAUUUGGCCCCAAAAAGUACCACUUGCGGGAAUGCAUGUGUGAAAUUGAAGGCCAAAUUCCCUGCCCUGGUAAAGUACCAUUACCAAAGGAGAUGACUGGGAAAUAUAGAACUGCCAUGAAAGAGAGUGCUGCUUCCUAAGCCAGCUUUCUACAGCAGGGAGUAAAGCAUUCAGACUGACAAGAAAGUGGGCAUCUUAACACUGAUGACAACACAUUGGUCUUUUUACAAACCACCAUUUAAGUAACAGAAAAAUAUCUGGACUUACUUAAAACAAGUAAGGAUGAAUCUUUUAAAUAAAUUCUGGAAUUGUUCGUGUGAUAGACUGGAUUGUGAAUAUAUGUUUGCCAUUUGUUUCUAAAUCAAAGGAGAACACAUCUUGGUCGAACCCUGGUUUAAUGAAUCGUGUGCUUUUUUGUGUAACAUACAACCAUCCAAAUACAGAAUCCUGUCUAUAUGAUAUGUGCCUGGUCUUGGGAGGACAGGCUCCCCCUUCACUCAAAUAGCUGCUCUUAGUGGUGAAGGCUCUGGAUUUAACAAAUCUCUGGAUUAUGUGUAGGUUUUGAGUAUGCUGCAGAUCUGUAGGAGCAGUGGAAAAGGGCAGCGUAUGGGUUGUAUUGGGUGCCAGCUUGACUUCCUAGAGAUGCUUAUGGUUAAACAGGAUGUCUUUAAAAAGAAACAAGCUUUUAGUGUUUAUAAAAGCAAAUACAUGCUUUAAAGAGUGAAUAAUACCUGCUAAAGUCCCAGGCAAGAAAGGUAGCUAAAAAGAUCUCCAGUGGUUAGCUAGACUUCAGGGCUGGUCAUUCUCCUUGCCUGUCUAUCCAACUAGCAUGAAUGAGGCAGGUUUGUGUAAUGUACAUGUGGCAGGAAUUAAAUUGCCACAGCAUGGAAAUUAAAGUUUAGAGUGAAGUAACAAAACUGAAACAGUCCCCAAACUGCUUUUGCUGGCAAUAGGUUGAGCUGCCCCAUAUGAAAAACACAAGAGCUACUGGGUGGAGGCAGUUUAGUCAAAAUAUAUUCUUUUCUAUUCAAAAACAUAGGGCCUUGAGAAAACUUGGCAUUAAAAUUUACUGCAUUUCUCCCCCAGUUUUGGCUAAGGCUGUUCUUAGCUCCUUGCUAAAUCUCAAUAUGUAGAUGUAUCGCCUAUACUAUGAAGAGGCCCAUUUGUAAAUAAGAACCAUUCUGUAUUUUGUUACUUUAUGUUUGUACAAGAAAAAAGUAUCAUUUAAAGCUGAUGUAAAUAUGUUGAUUACGAAGAAGCUUUAUCUUCAGCCAACAACCAGUUCAGAGGUGGGUUGCCAACUUAUAAGCAGACGAUGCUACACACCAUUCCCUCUAUUUGCAAUGUUCAAGUUAUAAUUGCUGUUGCUAUGUAGCUAAAAUGGCACCAUGCAUAAGUUUACAAAAGUAUUAAAUUUGUUCUCAGGGGAAAUCCUAAGGAGAGGACUCCCCAUAGCCCAGUGAGGCCCAUAUACACACACUGGCCACAGAAGAUGCUGAAACCUCAAAAGGAAGGGGCCUGUUGAUAGUGCAUCAACUGAUUGGGCCUCUUAUUUAACACGAGAAAUAAAUCACACAUACAAACCAAUAUGUUAUUUUAUUUCUUCAAAGCUUGCAAAUUAAGAGUAGUGCAUGCAAGUGUAUAAACGGAUGUCUUUAAUGUUAAUUCUCACAAUGGCAUGGUUUUGUUCUGUUUCAUAGUGUAAAUUCAGUAGUACAAAUGGAAGGCUGUCAAAAUGUGAGUCUACCACCAUCCUAUCAAGAAGGCUAGUUACAUUUCACAUUGACUUGCAGUCAUGGAGCUACAAACCAACAUAGAUACUAGUAAAAAUACAUCAAUACUAUGUCUUUAAAGAGUAUUAGACUACAGAGUACCUAAAAACAAGGCAGAAUUGAUGUAACAAGGAAACAUAUUUUAAAUGUAAAAAAAACAAAAAGCCACUGAAACAUUCAUUUUGGCUGGGAUAUACAAAGUAUUCCAGUUAAGUCUGGUGUCUUGCUGCCUAGAAUAAAGUAUAUAGAUGGUUUUGUUUUAGACAAACCACUGCUCCUUAGCUGGUAAGUCACAUAAAAGCUGUGGUGGUUGCUUACUUUAGCUAUAUACAUAAAUUUCUUUAUUUACUGCAUUUUACUACACAUCUCUGGUUACCCGAUAAUAGCCUGUCCUGUUAGAUUUGUUAGGUGCACCUGUUCCGCAAGCCCAACCCCAGUUAUUUCCAAUUAGGAAAAAGAAAAAGAUGACUUUAAAUUCUUAGGUCAUCUGCCCUUAGUACUCUUGUCCUCAGUGCUGUCUUCAGGUCUGUUUCCACAGGAUGGCUCAACACAAUUCUGAGUGCUUUUUAAACAAGCUGACAUAGUUUUAGUCAAUACUUUGUAAAUCAAAAUAAUUUUGAAGCUGAGCUCAUUUUCCUCCUACCCCGGCCCACCAAAGCUACCACUGAAACAGUUUUAGUCAAUACUAUGUAUGUUAAAUUAGUUAUGUAACUGAGCACAUUCCUCCCGGCAGACAGAAAAAUCAAAUGAAAGGGAAACUAGAAGGAAUGGGAGUUUUACUAAAUCGCCUAAAGCCAUGCCCCAAAUAAAGAAGAUAUAUAGAAUUGAUUCCGUAAAGUGCUACUUUAACUCUUGACCAUAUUAAGCACGCCCCAAGUAACAACACAUCUCUGUAAACAUUUUUUCUGGAAUCCCAACAGUUUGAAUUACUGUUCAGGUUUAGAAAUCCUGAACCAGCUAUUAGUGUCUUGCUACUCCUGGAUUAAUCCCUUGUUUCUGUUUGUAGUAUUUAAGCCAACGCUUUUGAAUGUGUGAAAAUCUACAUUUUUUUACACAGCAAAGCUAACUCAGGUCCCAACUGCUGGGCCUUUCCCCCGCUCAGGAAUGAAGCAAAAUUUGAUUUCUAGAAGUUCAUAAUAAUCCUCAGGAGUCAGCCCCCAUGUGUGACAUUCAAAUUGCUCUUCAUUCUUAAAAAAAUAAUCAAAUGCGACCAAAUCAUGUUCAUUCAGCAGAACUGAAACCAGAAAUUGUUUGAUAGCCCUUCAGUUACAUACAAUUAUUUUUAUACCUUCACAAAAUUCCAGUUCAUAUUUUGAACUGGAAAUAUCCAGUGAGUAAAGAAAUAUCCAAAGGACAUAAUUAACCAGUUUUUUUUUUUGGAAAAAUUAACCACCCAAUCCCAAGCUAUGCUGCUUCACAGCUUCUAGUUUGACAGGGUAUGGGCUUGCACAGACCCUCCACAGCAAUAAUAGAAACUACACAGCAACAAUGGCUGGUAGAUUAAGGUCCCAAACAUCUGAGCUUUGUGCUCUCCUGGAGCACACACCAUGAUUCCAUUCUGUAUUUAUAAAGGGAACAGUAUAUUUUAUAUUCAAAACAGGUGUCAAGCCUUGAGAGAGGUAGCUAAGUGUUGUUUAAAAACUGAGGGAAGGCCAUCUUCACAUGAUCAGAUCACAGUUGGCUAACAGUUUGCUUUUCCAUUGAAAUCAGACUUCCUCCCUUAUAGUAUAUAACUGGUGCUUUGUCCCCCCACCACACACACACUUUGCAUGCAUAUGCUGCAGUUAUCGUUUUAACAGUCAUAGCAUUUCCGCUAGCCAGGGAAUUUUGAGAAUUGCAACUUCUGGGAGAAAGCAAGAAGAAAAAUCAGCACCCUCAACAAAAGGUGCUGUUCCCAGGGUUCGCUAGAGGAAGCUAUUAAAAUAAAAAAGCCCCGAAAAACAGGUGAUGGAGGGAACAGAAGUUCAUUGGGGUUUACAUUUUCUAAAACAGAUAUUAUGUCUAUAACAUCACAUCUACCCAAAUCUACUUUAAAAUCCCUUUAUAUUAUCUUUUGUAUUGCACAGUCAGAUCAUUGGCCUUGGUACUGUGCAGGUCACACUGCAUCUCAGCAACCUGCUUUUUAACACUUGCCCUUAGCAUAUAUGGCAGUUACACACAUUUGCUAAAGGCACCAUCUUAGUUCAUGCUUGACACAGAAUUUACCAGACACUCUGGAUCCCUUAUUAGCGGAAAAGCCAGCUUAGAAGGCCAGUCUGUAAUACUGCAACAACCAAACACAGAGGGAAGGAUUGUAUUUUCCUGCACCUUAAAGCAUCCGUUUCCGUAUUAGCCUACAGAGUUUACAUCUGAAAUAAAAGGAAUGCCAAGAAGCAUGACAAUGUUAAGAGGUUAGGUUGUGAUAAAAACUGGUUGUGAUACGUUUUAGAUUUGUAAAUGGUCUGUGACACAGUUUUAGGUUAUUACAAAAUCAUAAUAGUGUGGACAGUAUUAGCAAAGUCUGAAUAAUAGUGGAAAUACCCACGCCAAAGUGCAGACAAUUAGAGUCAAUCCCAAAAUUCCCUCUUGCAUUUUAAUUCCACCUGCCCGCCUUUGCCUCUGGGACAGUCAGAGAACUGUAAAGUUGAAUGUGCAUGGAAACAGCAACUAGCUGGAUUUCUCCUUCUGUUUUGCUAGUGUGCGUUUCAGUUCUUUCAAAUUCUCAGUCAGCACCUCAACCUCAUCCAUCCGCCCGCUAUGUUUGGCAUCAAAAAUAUAAGCUUUUAUAUUAUCUAUCUGUUGGAGCAGUAGCUCCUCUUCUAUGAUGUCUUCCCUUGACACUUCAUUAUCAUCAUCCUCUUCAAAAGGAUUCGUGGAGGAAGACGUUUCCUCAAAUGGAUUUCCAGAUUCCUGACGAUCUGUGAGCACACGAAAUGGAUUUCCAACAGCAUCUUUAAAGGGAUUCGGAGCACUGACAGCUACUCCAUUUGCUUGAUGACAAUCCUCGUCGUCUUCAAAUGGGUUAUAUUCUUUUUUAUCACUGUGCAAGGUUUGGGUGGGCAAGGAAGCCACUGUGGAGGAAUCUUCAGCAAAGGGAUUAUUUGGUUCCCUCUUUAGAGCGCUAAUUACUGGCUCAUCUUCAAAAGGGUUUAUGGGAACAUUUUUAUUUUGCUCUAUUACGCUGUCAUGCUCUUGGAUCUCUACAAAUUGCCCGGGAAAGACUGGGCUCUCUUGCACUUGGAGCUUGUCACCACCACAUGGUGAAGAUGCUUUAGAGGCUGGGUUACUUGUAUUCUGAGUAGUAUCAAGGUCCAAAGCCUGUGCUAUUUGGUUUAUGCUCUCCUUCCCAAUCUCUAACUUACUGUGCUUCACUUCUCUGAAAUCCAGGGAACGUGUCCGUGAGUGCUGAGACAUUCGUUUUUUAUGUUCCCUCUCCCAUUCCUUUUCACAAAGGAUCUGCAAUUGUUCCCUCUCCAUCUCCUCCAUCUCGGCUUGCCUUCUAGAAAGCUCAAUGGCUCUGUCAGUUUGCUGUUGAUCAUAUUCAUCCUGAAGUUGUCGCAGGUUUUCCUGCAACAUCUGGACCUCAUCGAGACGAUUUGCUUCUUUGGCUUGUUUAAUAAAGGAUGUUAUAUUGUCAAUCUGCUGCAGAAGUGGGUCUGUGAGUUCCUGCUGGCGAGAUAAGUUCGCAGUGGGCAGCCAACCUUCAGCUUUCUUUACUGCAACCCGUUUUGGCCGGGACACCUCACCGUUAGAUGCUACCAAAGAUCUGGAAGCAUAGUCCAUGUGCUUCUCCUCCAAUCGUCUCUGCGUUUCAAGUGUUGCCUAGUCACAAGUAAACAAACAAACCAAUAAAUAAAGCAGGUGUGGAAAUAACAUC